CCCCUCCACACGCGAAAAGAUGGCGGACAAAUCGCUGGACCAAAUCAUCAAAGAGCGGAAGACUGUCGGGUCUGGUAGAGGUCGUGGACGUGGCCGAGGUGCAUUUCAUGGAGGCAGUCAGAGAAAUGUUGGACAGCAGGGAGGAGGGGGGCGUGGCGGAGUCCAGAAACGAGGAGGCGGUAACUCCAAAGUACAGAUGCCAAACCGAUCCCAGGUUAUCCAAUCGUUGACGAGGCAGAAAACGUUUCGACCCAAUCAGGCCAUUGCGGUGACUGUGCCGGACGCACGGAACAAACUCAUCUCAAAGGCAAGACUUACAGAUGCCCGGGAAAAAUUGAACAAAAAGGCCCAACUUGUGGACGUUAGAAUGAAGUUGAACGCUAAACGCCAAAGGGAUCCAGGGCAGCAGGGGCAGCAGGGACAACAGGGACAAGGUGAUAUGCCCCAGGUGCAGGGGCCAGAAACUGGAGCACAACUUAGAAAUCAAGGAAAUAAACUACCAAAGCAAUUCACAGUCAAUAACCCAUCAGCCCAGAAGCAGCCUCGGCAGAUGACUGGCCCCACACAGUUCACAAUCAGCAACACGCAGGCAAUGACGCAAGGUGGGAGACCCAAUGCCAAGAAGCCCACAGUGUCAUUAGGAGCACAGGGGCUUCAAGUCACAACUAUCAACAAAUCAGCUAAAAAGCGUCAAGCCAGACAGCAGAUGCAGUUUCAGCGUACCAUCCCAACGGAAGACACAUUUGAAGACGAGCUCCUGUUUCAACCAGUGUCGGCCAAAUUCAAGAGGAUUACCACACAGGCAGUGCCAGCAGCACCACAGGCAAACAUCAAAACAACCAUACAGGAUGGUAGAGAUUUGCUGGGCUUCUCUGCAAGAGGGCUAGGUAGCCCCUUCCAGAUAGGGAAUGUACAGCCUAUGAGUGCGCUGCAGAGGGUGGCUACCCAGCAACCUCCAUCAGUGAACCCAGUAUCAUCAGCACAAGGUACUAGACUCAUAGUCAGCCACCUUCAUUCAAGUGUAUCUGAGGCUGAUAUUAAGGAACUAUACGGAGAUGUCGGACCCUUGAAAAGAGCACGCCUGGUACGCUCCGGUCUCGCCGAGGUCGUUUAUGUUAAGAGGGAACAUGCGCUAGAGGCAAUAGCCAGAUAUCACAACAGGGAGUUGGACGGACUCCCCAUGCAAUGUAAGCUGGAUACUAGCACGGUACCGGAAGCCACUGGUCUCUACGUUCCAGUCACUGGCAAACGGAUGUCCAUGAGCGACAGAUUUAAAGUAAUCGGAGGAGGAUCAACAGGCACCACUGAUUAUUCCUCAACCGUCGGAAUGCGAUCCGAUGCAAUGGCGCCCUCUAGUGAACCGCUUGAUACGUCCACUGUCCAGAAGGCGCUAUUCAAGACUGGUGUGUCCGCAGCAGUGGGGAACAGACCGGUGGUGUUCACUGUGAAGAUCUAGGGGAGGUGCUUUGUCGGGUGGACAUAAGGCCUGAGCGACUAGUGAAAUUAAACUACUCGACUAGUCACUUCUUAAUAUGGUUGCGACUUCAACACUAGUCGCAACUAGUUUUUAAUUCCCAAGAUGUAUUGUGGUAUAAUUUUGGCCACAGGCGCAAUAUUGCAAAAUUCCACUGGAAGGAUUGUGUCACUGAUGUCUGAUUGUGUUUCGUAACUAAAUUAUGUUGUCAAUUGUCAUGAAUAGUCGUGAGCGACACAGUUGGUUCACCAAGCCCGUCGCAACUUCUUUUUUUCGCAGUCGUCGCUAUUUUUGUAGUAGUUGUAGCAGCACGAUUAACCAAGUGAAUAAAAAAUGGUAGUAAGUCGUGUCUCAACUACGCGAUCAAUAGUGGUGACUAUGACACUAUUCGCCCAGGCCUAGUGGACAUGUGUGCGGGCUGGACAUGCGGUCUCAUGGCUUGGCCCGGUGUAAUGUUUGUAUGUACAGUUUGGUUGUAGGGCCUCGGUUAAACUCUCAUGAUAGACUAUAUGCAGCUACAGCGCAGUCGCGACUCGACUAAGCAGUCAGUAGUCGCAACUUUGACACUAGUCGCACUAGUUGCCCAGGCUUACAAGGCAGUGGAUAUCAUGUGCACAAAGACUAUUGUAUAAAGAUUACAGUUAUGUGUUACUUUGUAUUCCUAUGGUUUAUGUUUUGUAUUAAUUCAAAUGUUCUUUUUUCAUUUUUUACUCUCAUAGAUGCUCAUCAAAGGCCAUCUAACUGGCUUACUUUCUUCUGUGUUUUCUUGUAAAUACUUAAAGACUAACUAUUUUCUUUUCUUUUUCUAUCACUGUAUAAAUGUACUUGCGUAAUGUCCGAGUUUGAAUGUUGUUAGUUAAGUAAAUAGAUCCCCAUAGGAAUUUCUUCUGAUAUUUGGUGAGGCGAGAUGAGAUGGUAUAAAAGUAGUAAAACUCACACAGUAAGCUCUAGGUUUAGACUUGUCCACUAAAGACAGGUAUUGGCUUUAUAUGUAUACACAUGUAAGUCAGAUUUACUUGUGAAUCUCCAGGACCAUAAAGGCCAUGUGAAAUUAAUGCAAGGUCGAAGGUGAUUAUGGGCGUUGUCUCACGGCAGAUCUCUGGCAUCAUGUGUGACAGCAGUUGGUUCAGGUUACUCUAGGUUUCACAAAAUGUGGCAUCAUUCCACAAGCAUACCCAGCAUAGGAUUGAACUGCCUCUAGCUACCGGCAAUCUGGGUAGUCUAGUUGGUAAGACACUGCUCUAGAAUUGCAAGGCUCCUGGGUUCGAAUCCUACCCGAGUAAUAUCCAGCAUUGGGGUUGUGGAUACAAGUGAAAACUAAGUUCAGAUCCCCCAUGUACCAUUCUAUUGUUUUUGUCUGUCCUGUUCAGAUUUGUAUCUAAGUUCAAUCCUUUGUAUGUUGUUUUCGUCAGGAAAAAGUCUUGCUCUUUGAUCUACUUCUCUAGUGUGUAUGAUACUGUUCCCAAAAGCUUCUGGAAAUUUAUAACCUAAAGGUUUAUCUAAAUGUGAAAAUUAUACCAUUUCAACAAACUUCCUUGAACUUGGGUCCUAGUGUCAGACCCAUUUUGUUAACAAUGACCUUGACCCUGGCGCUAGUCUUUCCCUCAAUUGUUUAGGAUUUUUGCUGUAAGUUUUUCUUAACUUUGACCCCCAUAUUUGACAUUCCUCUGUAACCUACUCGCAGAAUUCACUACUCGACUUGUCGUGCCUCAAAAACUUGCGACUUUGACACUAGUCACGUCUAGUUUUUAUUCUCAAGAUGCAUUUUUAAUUCCCAAGAUGCAUUAAGGCAUAUUGUUUGCCACAGGCUCAAUGUAGUAAAAGUUUACGCUGAAAGGAUUGAAGAAUUGAGUCACUGAUGUCUGUUUGUGUUUUACAAGAAAGUGAUGUUGUCGUGAAUAGUCGUGAUUGACACAAUUGAUUCAUCAAACAGGCGUUCACGACCAUUUUUGUAGUAGUCACAACUGUUUUUGUAGUCGUCAUUACAAAACAGUAGUUGCAACUCGACUAAGCAAUCAGUAGUCGCAAACCCUAGGCUUAGUCCUAUCUCAACUUAUGACGAGUGACUCGUCCUAACUUUGGAUGGGAACUAUGCGUCCUAACGUCUGUGUUUAUGGAAUUUCAUCAUCAUUUCAUCCUUGAACCAGUGUAGGAUGUAGCCCUCCUUAUGUCGACGCCAUUCAUUUCUAUUUCUUGCAGUUCUUGUCCAUGUUGCUCCUGCAUAUACCCUGAUGCCAUCUCUCCAUCUUCUUCUCCGUCUAUCUCUUUUCCUUUUCCCUGUCCUUGGUUGCCAGUCCAUUUAUUCUUUUUGCCCUACAGAAUAUAACUUGUCCUAAAUCCUUCAUUAAUCCUAAGUUAGGAAGAAUUUUGUGAAAUCGACGGCUGGCUUACUAAUGAUACGAUAUGCUGCGCAUUUCUUAGCCUGGAUGUACAUUUCUCAUGGUGUCACUAUUUUUUUUUUUCUGGCUCCCCUUUUCACAUGAUGAAGUUAUUAAUUCAUGUAAUCAUCUCAAGCUACAAGACUGAAUGAGAGGUGCAUGCAGGGUCCAAUCUCAUAAAGCUGUUAAGCAGAAACAAAACUGCUUAACAAGUUUCUCGGCUAAGCAAAAAUUUAGUGGGGUAGCAGU